UGAGUUCGAGAAGAGUCGUAAUACUUAAAAAAUUCGUUUAAACAGUCGAUAGAAAUAAAGAGCUAGAGCGACAGCAGAGCCCUCUAUUAAACGCGGGAAAUUAUUAGUUUGAAGGUCAGACGGAACAUGCGCAGCGCUGUUCUCUUUCACUUGUGCGUUUGUGAGCGGCGGUUGUGUGACGUGACCUCUCCGACUAAAGUCCGAAAAUUUGUUGGAUAUUAGUGUUCUAGUGUGGUUCUUGUUGAACUAACAAUGGCAGAUACUGUUGCUGAUACAAAGGAGACUGUGCCCAGCACACCCGAGAAGAAGGAGGUCGAAAAGGUGGAGCAGACCGACGAAGACUCGAAAAUUUCUGACAAUGGUGUUGACAAGUUGAAAGAAAAUGGUACAACCGACGAGAAGGAGGGUGCAGGAGACUCGAAGGACAGUGAGACAACAGAAAAUGGUGAUUCUACAGAUUCUGUGGAGGUUGGAGCCAAGCGAAAGUCGGAAGGUGGAGAUGCCCCUGACGGCACUGUUCCUGAAGGUGUAAGUCCGGAGAAGAAAGCAAAACUGGAGGAGAAGGCAGAAGCUCAAGCUCCAACAGAAAAUGGGGAGGCUGAAGCUGUUGCCUAAGACUCCUAACUGUACAAAACUCCAUUGAUUUGUUUCUUAAUUUAAAUGAAUCACUUGUUGUGAGUGUGUGUUUAUUGGUGGGACCAAGUUUGAUGAACGAGGUGUAAGUUUAUGUUGCAGCACCCACAUGAACGUCACACUUCGCAACAUGAUGCUAACUUGUUUUCCAAGCUGUGUGUGGAAGAGAGGCGGAUUUGAACUGCAUUUACUGUGUUGUCUUCUCUUCCUGGUUCUUUAUUAUUUGUUUCCCUUAACAUUCCUGUGUCUGGUGCAUAUAAUUUAAUUUAGGUGUAGAAAAUUAAGUGCAUGGAUUAUGGUUUUAAAUCCAUUUCUGUUUCUCUGUUCUGCAGCAGUUCUUGUUGAAUUUCAUUUACGUUUUGUUUUGAAUUUCAUGUGGAUGUAUACCACUUCAUGUUUUAUGUUCAAAAUGUUUCAUUUUGCGAGCUGUGUAAGAUUUGUAUCCAAAGCAGGUAUGGUCUUGGACCAUAUGCUUGGAAUCAAGAUUUCUUUUGUUUUCAGUUAAUGGCUAGGAGACUUACAUAAAACUUAGGAUCCAGGUGAAUAGAAGUGUCUCUUUCACAGUAUGUGUUAGUUCAGUACUAAGUGUUGUGGGGAACUUAACUCUGUGUUUUGUAGUAUUUGAAUCUUGCCCCCCUUUUACAAUCACUAACAAUAGUUUAUAUACCUAAUGUUGGUAGUGUACAAUUUAAUAUAAGUGCAACCAUAUUUGAUAUACUUCUAAAUAUGACAGUCUAAUUACACCAUACUGUGUUCUUUCUUAAAUGGAAAACUCAAUUUUUUCUACUUGCUUUUUUAUAUAACUGACAUUUUUUAUUGCUUUCUUCAUGGUCAGAAAAUUCUGUAUUUUCACACAGUUACAGUUGGUAUUUGAUCUAAGUUAUCUCACUAAAAACAGUAAACAAGUACAAACACUUUGCCAAGUGUAUGUAAGAAAUUGUGUAAUGAGCAACAUACCACAUUUGCAUUUAGAGGGUAAAACUAAUACAUGUACAGAUUGUAUAUGCUGUCAUUCUGUGUUGACAUUUUGAUUAGUUCAUAAUGGCAAUAAAGAGUUAGUUUCCAUUAUAGUUCUUUUGGAGUUGUUUUACCUACUUAUAUCCUGCAACAAAUGUUCAAGUAACCAUUCUUGUAACUCAUUACAAUAGAGUAGGAUGUUAGUUGUCAUCCUUAGUGUGAAAAUUGAUUAGGG